AACGUCGACACAGUUUUCAAUUCUCAGCAGACAGAUCGAUCACACUCCAUCUAACAUCAAAUUCUUGAACCUUCAAUCGAUUUCGUGGAUUGUGUAACCCUAGAUUCCUAAAAUUGAUUCCUUUUGUAAAUUUCUGUAAGAUCGUUUAGUUCAGAGAGUGAAAUCAAUGGAGGGUUCGUCGUCGACGAUGGCAAGGAAGACAUGGGAACUCGAGAACAACAUUCGAACAGUAGACUCACCUGAUUCAACCUCCGAUAACAUCUUCUACUACGACGAUACUUCGCAGAGUAGGUUCCAGCAAGAGAAGCCAUGGGAGAAUGAUCCUCACUACUUUAAACGAGUCAAGAUCUCAGCGCUCGCUCUUCUUAAGAUGGUGGUUCACGCUCGCUCCGGUGGCACAAUUGAAAUAAUGGGUCUUAUGCAAGGUAAGACUGAUGGUGAUGCUAUCAUUGUUAUGGAUGCUUUUGCUUUGCCAGUGGAAGGAACUGAGACAAGGGUUAAUGCUCAGGCUGAUGCUUAUGAGUACAUGGUUGAGUAUUCUCAGACCAACAAGCUCGCGGGGCGCUUGGAGAAUGUUGUUGGAUGGUAUCACUCUCACCCUGGAUAUGGAUGCUGGCUCUCUGGUAUUGAUGUUUCUACGCAGAGGCUUAAUCAACAGUAUCAGGAGCCAUUUUUAGCUGUUGUUAUUGAUCCAACAAGGACUGUUUCAGCUGGUAAGGUUGAGAUUGGUGCAUUCAGAACAUACUCUGAAGGAUAUAAGCCUCCGGAUGAACCUGUUUCUGAGUAUCAGACUAUUCCUUUAAAUAAGAUCGAGGACUUUGGAGUUCACUGCAAACAGUACUAUUCAUUAGAUAUCACUUAUUUCAAGUCAUCUCUUGAUUCUCACCUUCUGGAUCUACUAUGGAACAAGUACUGGGUGAACACUCUUUCUUCUUCUCCACUACUGGGAAAUGGAGACUAUGUUGCCGGACAAAUAUCAGACUUGGCUGAGAAGCUUGAGCAAGCGGAGAAUCAUCUGGCUCAUUCUCGCUUUGGGGGAACUGUGCCAUCAUCCCUUCAUAGGAAAAAAGAGGAUGAGUCUCAACUAACUAAGAUAACUCGGGAUAGCUCAAAGAUAACUGUGGAACAGGUCCAUGGACUAAUGUCACAGGUCAUCAAAGAUGUAUUAUUCAACUCAAUACGUCAGUCCAACAACAAAUCUCCCACUGACUCGUCGGAUUCAGAGCCUAUGAUUACAUCUUGAAGUUGUUCUUCUUUUGGUUUCUAGUUUUGGAUGUGACCUAUCCUUUGUUGUUAUGUAGUUGUCAUUACAAUUUUUUUCUGUUGUGUAAAGAACUUAAGGCCGAAAUGUUCUCCUGCAAGUCUAGAUUUUCCUAUAGCAGCGUACUCUCGGGUAUUAACUAAACACGAUAACCCGAC